CCGCGCUGCCCGCACCCCUGCCCGGCGCCCCCACCCCGGGGUCUCCCCCCGCCCUUGUUGCUAAGGCCCCGACCGUCAUCCCAGCAACAGCCUCAGUCAUGUGACCGGCAAUGGCGGCGCUGAGCAGAGUUCUGGCCAGCUGCGUGGGCAAGUAGAGAGACUUCUGCUUCUGUCACCGUCCAUGGGCUUGCCAGGUCACACCACAUACAAGUAGGGAGCUGGGACAGAGAGAGCCUGCAUGCCAAUUCUAAGCUCUUCAGGAUCAAAUGUCGUUCGUCCUGUCCAGAAUGGCAGCCUGUGGAGGCACCUGCAAGAACAAAGUGACAGUCUCCAAGCCUGUGUGGGACUUCCUGAGCAAGGAGACCCCAGCGCGGCUGGCCCGGCUUCGGGAGGAGCACCACGUGUCCAUCCUCAUAGAUGGCGAGACUUCGGACAUCUAUGUGCUCCAGCUCUCCCCCCAGGGGCCCCCUCCGGCAGCUCCCAACGGGCUCUAUCUGGCCCGCAAAGCUCUCAAGGGGCUGCUGAAAGAGGCGGAGAAAGAGCUGAAGAAAGCUCAGAGGCAGGGGGAGCUGAUGGGCUGCCUGGCUCUGGGGGGUGGGGGCGAGCACCCUGAGCUGCACCGCCCCGGCCCACCCCCUCUGCGAGCAGCUCCCCUCCUGCCCCCUGGAGCCCGGGGGCUGCCCCCUCCUCCACCUCCUCUGCCCCCUCCCCUGCCUCCGCGCCUUCGGGAGGAGCCCCCCGAAGAGCCCGAGCGCACCUGCCCCAUCUGUCUGGGGGAGAUCCAGAACGCCAAGACCCUGGAGAAGUGCCGGCACUCAUUCUGCGAAGGUUGCAUCACCCGGGCCCUGCAGGUGAAGAAGGCCUGCCCCAUGUGUGGCCGCUUCUACGGGCAGCUGGUGGGGAAUCAGCCCCAGAACGGGCGGAUGCUGGUCUCUAAGGACGCCACCCUCCUACUGCCCAGCUAUGAGAAGUAUGGCACCAUUGUCAUCCAGUAUGUCUUCCCGCCUGGCGUCCAGGGGGCUGAACACCCCAACCCAGGAGUUCGGUACCCUGGCACCACCCGUGUGGCCUACCUCCCAGACUGCCCCGAGGGCAACAAGGUGCUGACCCUGUUCCGGAAGGCAUUUGACCAGCGUCUCACCUUCACCAUUGGCACGUCCAUGACCACAGGGAGACCGAAUGUCAUCACCUGGAACGACAUCCACCACAAGACCAGCUGCACAGGGGGACCCCAGCUGUUUGGGUACCCGGACCCCACCUACCUGACCCGGGUGCAGGAGGAGCUGAGAGCCAAGGGUAUCACGGAUGACUGAAGGCCACCCCCUCUGUCGCGGCCCCCGCUCUUCUCCUCUACUAGGACCCAACGGGAACCUCUGUUCUCCCCUCUCCC